CCUUGAGUGACCCGAUCCAUAUCAACAUGUCGGUGAAAGGAGUCAAGAGAAACCACCGAUUGAAAUGCCAUAUCUGGGACGAGGAUGAGGAAGAAUGGACCAAUGAGGGCGUAGAGACGGAGAAGAUUGAUCACGUGAUGGUGGAAUGUAUGGUCCCACGUAACGGCACCUAUGUUGUCUUGGCUAUACCUCGUGGAGGAGCCAGCACCGUCGUGAUCAUCCUCGUGAGCAUCAUCGCAGUCCUGCUCGCCCUAACCCUCAUCGUCGCCCUCGUCAUCUUCAUCAUGAAGAAGAGGAAGAAGGCCAAAGGAGAGGGUAAUGUCGCCACCAACGACAGAAGUUCGGCAGUGGCAACGGCUAUGACGUCAGACGGUAAACAAAUGGACGGUUCGCAGGAGGCUUCAACAGAGUAUGCAUAUGAUUUCAACAUGCAGAACAUGGCUGCGUCCAAGGUCAAUUGCUAAAGAGUGAUUUCAUCUUUGGGGAUACCCUACUUCAUCUGUGAAUCAAUUGUUUUUAUUUAUUCAUUAAUGCUAUAAUAUUCUACAUUUCAUUUUCUUAAUGAAUAUUGAGGGAGGGAGGCAAUAAUUCUUUGCAUCAAUAAUAAUAGAUAAUAGAGUGUUGACUUUAUCGUACAUAAAAGUGAUUACGACAAUCUUUAAAUAUAUCGAAUUAUAAAAUGCGCCUCUGAAUAGGAAACUUAGAUAGAAUGCGCACUCUAAAUGCUGUAUAUUAUUAUUAUUCAAAAUAAUUCUUAGUUUUAGUAAUUUCUUUAUAUCGUUAAAGUGCAAUAUAUGUAAAAUAAUUUAUAUAAAUAAGGUCCAUGCAUCAACGUUAUUUGUCAUUAUGUGUAA